CAAAGGCGCGGAGCCCAGGGCGCGGAGAGCGCGGAGUAGAGCAGCGCCCAGUGGAGACAAGUGGAAGACGAGGAUCGCACCGUCCUAGCCCGCCCGCCAGCGUCCACGCAGCUCCCUCACCCUUACCCCGGCCGGCCCUUGCCAGACACGACCGGCCGCCAUGCAGCCCCGGGGCUGAGGCGGCCCAAUGGCGAAGCCUGCGUCCCCGCGGUCCCGGCAACGACGGCGCAUGGAGAACUUCCGUAAGGUGCGCUCAGAGGAGGCGCCGGUGGGGAGCGGGGACGAGGGAGGCGGCCCGGGCUCGGGCCCCUUCGCAGACCUGGCGCCGGGCGCCGUGCACAUGCGGGUCAAGGAGGGCAGUAAGAUCCGGAACCUGCUGGCCUUCGCCACCGCCAGCAUGGCGCAGCCAGCCACGCGCGCCAUCGUCUUCAGCGGCUGCGGUCGGGCCACUACCAAGACCGUCACGUGCGCCGAGAUCCUCAAGCGCCGCCUGGCGGGUCUGCAUCAGGUCACGCGGCUGCGCUACCGGAGCGUGCGCGAAGUGUGGCAGAGCCUCCCUCCGGAGCCCACGCCGGGUCAGAAGCCUGGCAAGCCAGCCGCCAGUCUCAGUGUACUUAAGAACGUGCCCAGCCUCGCCAUCCUACUUUCCAAGGAUUCACUGGAUCCGCGCCAACCUGGCUACCAGCCCCCGAACCCCCAUCCUGGCCCCUCGUCCCAGCCAGCUGCACCGACGUCCAAGAGGAGUCUAGGGGAACCCGCAGCUGGAGAAGGCUCUGCGAAGCGGUCACAACCUGAGCCAGGUGCUGCUGAAGAGGACCAGACCGCCUGAGAGCUCCGGCCUCUGGGCCACCUAGGCGGGCUGGAUCUUACCCCCAGAGCUUCCAGCUUGAGAUGUACCUCCAGCCUUUCAUGCUUUGGUACUCUGGAACCCACGACCUGGCAGCAUGGACCCCAAGGCGACAAGAAGGGGACCCCAGGGAAGCUUCGUGGUGGGGUUGCUCCUUCACCUAUGUGGACUGACAACACAGAACUCCACCUUCAGCUUUUCUGAACCAUACGGGGACCUUCCUCAGGGAGGGAAUGGUGGGCAGUGGGACUCUUGAGCCUUGCUCAGGACCCCCAAGGCUUAAAGGCACCUAGGAUUCUUGAAGUGGGCCUGGAGGGUGGAAGCUGAGGAAAGCUCUUGGAAUCACCCCACCACUGUCAGCAGAGGGCAAGGGGUUGGAAACCACUGCCUGAGGGCAGUGGAUUAUGAGUUGCGGGGGUGCCCUGUUGUGCCCCUCACCUAGGACACAGUUUCCUUUCUAGUUUCCCUUCCCCUGCUUUUAAGGAGCAUCCUGAGAUCAUGCUGGCAGGGGCGUCUCCAUAGGCUCUAGCUCUUUUAACAUCCCCCUUUCCCCAUGCUGGCCCAGAGGGAGAGACCCAGGACAGAACUUCCCAUGCCUCCUCCCCUGAGCCCCACAGCUGGAGUCUUGCUUCCAAUAAAACAAACACAAAAAUG